CACCACCUCAGUACUGCACUGGAGUGCCAUCUCAAGUUUUACACAUGAUUCUCUGGCAUGAGCCUUGUAUCCCUGAAACUAACCAUGUCUGAAACCUUUUAAGUAGCGCGUUGAGAUGCAACUCAAAAUGUUGACUGCUUUUGUCAUAAGGAAGCGAUGAAGGUCCCGCUUAUAAGAGCAAUGUGAAACAAGGAAGCUGGUGACGCUUAGACUGAAGGCUGUAUUUUUGGAAUUGGUGGUGGCUUUUUCCCGCAGAGCAAAUGUGGUCCCCUCUGAUUUGCAUUUGUACCUUUGACGGGACAUGUUAUCUAUGCAGUGCUCUCGUCAGGGUGGAGCUAGACUUGCAGGACAAAGUAGGAUGCUGUGCAGCAAUAAAAUGCGAUAAGAUUAAUGGCACAUUUUAAACCCCUUGAUAUCUCCCUCACACAGUUGAUGCUGACAGUUUAAAAAUACGUAUUUAACAAUAAUGGGAAUCGAGCUGUUUUAGGACUGGACUUUUAUCCACACGGAGGUUAAAGAUGGAGUCCCUUCGAAGUUGGCGGACUCUCUGAGAUGGUCGGUGGGAGCACGCAACUGGAUGCACUGGCGAAUGCGCGACGACCCGAGCCUCCCCGAUUCCAGCACUGCCCGCCUGACCAGCCCACGCACUUCCGCCCGUUCCGCAACCGGGAGCGGGAGAUUGUCAACAGGACCCUGCGCUUCCUGGACGAGAGUGGAUUUUACUGGGGCCCGCUCACUGUGGCUCAGGCUCACGCCUUGCUGAUGAUGGAAUCGGUGGGCACUUUCCUAGUUCGGGACAGCUCUCAGGCCAACCACCUGUUCAGCUUGAGCGUCCAGGCUGAGAACGGACCGGUCAGCAUGCGGAUCCUGUUUGAGAAGGAGCACUUCUGGUUCAACGGUGCCUGCUUUGACUGCGUGGUGAAACUUCUGGAAUACUGUGUGGACAGCACCCAGGUAAAGCCCUUCAGGUUUGACUGUGGGGUCUCUGUGGUUUUUUCCAAACCCUUGAGGAAAAACCCCAUCCUGAAUCUGAAGCAGUUGUGCAGGAAGAACAUAAUCGGCCAUUUUGGCAUUGAAAGCGUGCGGCAACUUCCUUUAGUGCCCCGGCUGCAGCAGUACAUGGAGGAAUUUCCGUUCAAACUGUAACUGAGGGACCGCCGGGAUUUUCUGUUUGGAAUUGAUCGCUGGUGGAGAUUGGGAGUUUGGAGGAAGGAGUGCAUCCACACCCAGCGAGGAGCACCAGGUUCUUGGGGAUGCCACCAACGUCCUCCUGGUUGCGGUGUUCCCUUUGCCCAGAUGAUGUGACCCAGACGUAGGAGUGCCGUUGGCCAGUGGAUGUAUACGGGCAGUGUACAGUCAGGAAGGGUGCACAUCGAGAGCCGAGCAAGCUCCCGAGCACUUACUGCCUCAAGUAGGAGGCUGGGAAAAGACGCCGGCAUUUUCAGUCAAUCAUUUCUGAAGGAUAUGGAGACAUCGUUUUCAUUCUUUCAAAGAAGACCUUGUCUUGUGGUUCCUUUUGGAGCCAGCACUGAGGAGUAUUUAGUUAUUCAAAAGCAUUAGUUUGCAGAAUUUUUGUCAAUUAUUUUAAUGUUAUAUAUUCAUAUCUAUAUUUUAAUAUGUAAUUAAACAGUGAACUGGUUUGUUAGAAUGCAGUUUGUCAACAAUCUGGUACAGAAGGAGAGACUGGUCAGAAUUGAGUUACUGAAGCCCCAUUCAUCUUCUGAUCAGCCUGUUCUUAACUGUCAUGACACAGGUCUGGGGCAGGUGGGACUUGAACCCGGGCCUCCUGGCUUAGUGGUGGGGACACACCACCACACCAUAAGAGACCCAGUUCCAUCAGCUGCUGUGGUGGGCUUUGGACCCAUGUCUCCAGGGUGUCACCGUAAGCUUUAGAAUUGUUUGCCCAGUGGUGUUAGCGCUACUGUACUGUUGCCUCUCCCAUUCCUCCAUUAGGGCAGCACCGUGGUUAGCACUGCUGCCUCACAGCGCCAGGGACCCGGGUUCGAUUCCAGCAUAGAGAGACUGUGCAAUCUCCGCACAGACAUUCUCCCCGUGUCUGCGUGGUUUUCCUCAGGGUGUUCUGGUUUCUUUCCACAGUCCAAAGAUGUGCAGCUGAGGUGGAUUGGCCAUCGGAAUGCAGGGUUACGGGCAGAAGGUAGGGGACUGGAUCUUAUACGGAUGCCCUUCAGAGGGAUCAAUCUGGACCUGAUGGGCCAAAUGGCCUGUUUCCACACUGUCGGAUUUUAUGAUCCAUGUCGAUUGUGUAUUAUGAGUGUUGCAAGCGUCUUGCAGCAAGGCCAAAGUAUGUUGGGGGUGAAUUGGGUCAGCUUCUGACAGGUCAGCCCUAUGUAACCCACCUGCACUCAUUACUCAAUCUAUUACGUAAAGAAGGGUGGCCUGGAUAAGCAAGUAACUCCUCCCUUGCCUUGUCAGCCACCCUGAUCCCCAGCGUGAAUCUGCCUCUUUGAUAACGGGAAAGCAAACAUUGCCACAAAUGUAGAAUGUUGGAAAAAGGAAUCUAUCGUACAGACAAGAUCACCCAAUGAUUUCUUAAUUAUUCCAAUGAAAAUAUCUAAAUCUGCUCAGGUCACCAUGCAGUUCAAUGGACCAUCCCUUUGAUUGGAUUCCAAGCCGAAACUCACUCUGUGAUCUCUGUUGUUUGUCAGUCCGGAACCCUUAUUCGAUUCCACCAUAAUUACUCUGUGGUUCCAUACUCAUGGUUUGUUUAUUCAAGUCUGUCGAACAGUUUUGAUUUCUCACAAUGAAGCUGGCUUUGUUCCCCCAUCUUGAUUCUGAGUUUAUGUCAAACCCCAGUUAGAAUCUAUGCAGAAAAUUAAUCCUAACCUCUGCUGUCUCCAGUUAAUAAGCAAGGUUAAUAAGCACUUCUACACUGGGAAUCAAAAUCAACUUUUUGCUCCUAAAAGUUUUAUUUGAAUAGUAUUUCUUAAUAAAGAAAGUAAAAGGUUUUAUGAAACAAGUCUUUUCUUAAUGAUUUAUUGCGAAUUUCGAGGUUAAUAAUGGAAGUGAUAAUUACCAAUUGCAGUGAACAACAACAGCUUCUGACAGCCUAGAUCAAUGCUGUAGGAGCCUAUCAUUUGGCACUGAUAUGAUCUAUGGACAACUCAACUGAUGUCCCAUGGAUGUUAGAGUUCCCCAUUCAACCCAGAACUAAAUCCAGAUAGGAAGAAAAGUUCGGUUUGGGGUCCAAUAUCUACAGGGUGAGAAUGUGUCACUUCUACAUUCAGUCAAACUGAAUCAAUCAGACCUCUAUUUAAAUAGAAAGAUCGGGUCAUUUCUACGCAUUUCACUCCUGGGACAGACUGCUGAAAAACUGCUAUGCUCUUGAGCAGGUGACAAUCUUGAGAGAGAAUGAUUGGCAUUUAUUGGGUGAUGGGCUAGCCUCGAGGGCAAUUAGGUUUGGUCGACAGACAGUGGCCUUGCCAGAGAAGCUCACGUUCCACCAAAGAAUAACAGAAGAGCUUGUGAGAAUUCUCUCCGACGUGUGCUUGGAUACUGUAGAAGUUUGUAUCGUUGUCCCAAGGCGUUGCUGUUUUUUGCAGCAUGGUUAAUAAUUUCAUGUAAUUUGAAAAGGGCAGUGUCUGGCUUACAUAGUGGUUCCUCCCUUUUUAUUCGUGACAUUUCUGUGUGCUAAAUACCAAAUUUGCACACAAUCAUAAUGCAGUUUCAAAAUUCCCUCUCUAAUGUCCAAACACUUCGGCUUUCCUGAAGACCUCAUUCUCUAUGCUCAGCAACCAUGUGCUCACUCUGAUUCUAUAUCCAUCAAGCAAAACUGCACCCAACUUUGCUCCCAAGUCUGGCCAGCCAGUGAGCAUCAGACUGCAUACUGCUUGGGCUCUAUAAUGGCUAAUGACGAGCCAGCAAGAAAAUAUAUCAACCUGCUCAGUAUCGAUAGGGCUAGAUCUCAGGAUUCUUAUCUAACCAAGUCCCCCUGAGCUGAUUCCUUCCAUGACACAUUGCUAGUCAAAGUCACCCAAUGCAUCCCUCAAUAAAUGAGGUCCCUUAGGUUUGAUUUGAGCUAGCUUCAUUAAUAGUUGGAGGUAAGAUGUUCAAACUGACAUGGGUAACUUGAGGAGGUGAAAUUUAGUUAAAGUUAACCUUGUAAGUUAGUUUUUUUUAUUGGUUCAUGGGAUGUGGGUGAUGCUGACUUGCCCAUUCCUAAUGAGUCAACCAUAUUGUGAUGGGUCUGGAGUCUCAUUUAGGCCAGACCAGGUAAGGACAGCAGAUUCCCUUUGUCAAAGGCAUUAGUGAAUCAGAUGGAUUUUUACAAUAAUUGAGAAUGGUACAUGGUUGCUAGCUUUUCAUUCCCAUUUUAUUGAAUUUAAAUUUGACCAUCUGCCAUGUGGGAUUUAAACCCAACAUCCCCAGAACAUUAGCUGAGGGCUUCUGGAUUAGCUAGUCCCGUGAUUUUACCACUACACACCACCUCCCAAUCGCGGAUGUAAGAAAGAAACAGAUAGGACAGACAGCAUAGAUCUUAGCUACUGCCUUUCCAGUUCCAAGGAAGAGAAAUGCUGAUUUCUCUGCACACAGGUAACCAGAGCUUUUCCAGCAAUUUCUGCUUUUGUAACUUUGACUCUGCUGUUGUCGGAUGGAGAUUAGAGGUAGUAAAAGUAUAGGCCCGGAGUGACAGGAAAGAAUUGUGGUCAUUCAUUGAGUGCACAACUGAGUGGAUAAAUGAGCCUAAAACGGUAAGAAUCUUAGAAUCAUACAGCAAAGAGGGAGCCUAUUCAGACCAUUGUGUCUGUGUCUGUUCUUGGACAGCGCUGGUCACUUAUUCUCCUGCCUUUUCUCUCAAACUGUUAAUUAGUUUUAUUCUUCAAGCAUCCACCUUCACUUUGAAAGCUGGUUUGGGGCCUACUCCCACCCGUGUGGCUGACCGGACAUUUGCAUCUGAACAACCCUACCCAUUGGGAAGCCAGUUUCCUUGCCCAGCCCCAAUUCUUUUGACAAUGUUGAACUGUACCCUCCAGUUCCCAGAACAUUUGCACCCAAGUUUCCUAAUCUGAUAUAGGCCAAAAUUGUACAUGUUUAUGAAUGGAAGUAAAUCCUUUCCCAUACCCCUUGAUAAUGUGGAGAGGCCGGUGUUGGACUGGUGUGGACAAAGUCAGGAGUCGCAUGACACCAGGUUAUUGUCUAGCAGGUUCAUUUGAA